CCGAGUAAUCAGUACCCAGGCUCGCCACAGAGAGGAGUGAGCGUGGCAGCGUGCGACAGAACAGGAGGAGAGGGUCGCUUCGACAGAGCAAUGGCUGCGUCGGCUUCGACAACAAUGUCUCUGCCAGAGGAGGAGCUUACGCUGACAGUGAAGUGGAGCGGCAAGGAGUACACGGUGCGAGUGUGCGGUGACGACUCGAUGGGCGAGUUGAAGCGGCGAAUCUGCGAGGUCACCAACGUGUUGCCGAAGCGGCAGAAGCUUCUCUAUCCCAAAGUCCUUGGAUCCAAACUCGCCGAUGACUCCGUCUUGCUCUCUCAACUUCCCCUCAAGUCCUCCCUUAAGAUGACGAUGAUUGGUACCAUCGAGGAUGAUCUACUCAUAGAGGAAGUGGACUCUCCAGAAGUUGUUGAUGAUUUUGAUCUUGAAAAUGAUGAAGCUGUUAACAUUCACGUUAAAGAUAAAGAAGUGAAUAAGCAAAAAUUGAGGAGACGAAUAGAUCAGUAUAAGAUUGAACUGAAGAAUCCUUGUCGUGAAGGGAAAAAGCUGCUUGUUCUAGAUAUUGAUUAUACUCUAUUUGAUCACCGAUCACCUGCAGAGAACCCACUUGAAUUAAUGCGGCCUUAUCUACAUGAGUUUCUUACAGCUGUCUAUGCAGAAUAUGAUAUCAUGAUCUGGUCUGCAACCGGUAUCAAGUGGGUUGAAUUAAAGAUGGGACAGCUAGGGGUACUCAGCAAUCCUAACUACAAAAUCACAGCUCUUCUGGACCACUUAGCAAUGAUCACGGUGCAAUCGGAUUCUCGUGGUGUCUUUGAUUGCAAGCCACUAGGCUUAAUUUGGGCUCAGUUCCCUGAGUUCUACAGUUCAAGAAAUACGAUUAUGUUUGAUGAUUUGCGAAGAAAUUUUGUGAUGAACCCACAAAAUGGUUUGAUAAUCAAGCCAUUCAAGAAGGCUCAUUCAAGUCGAGACAACGAUCAGGAGCUUGUAAAGCUUACCCAGUACUUGCUGGCCAUUGCGGAACUUGAUGACUUGAGCACCCUUGAUCAUAAUUAUUGGGAGAGGUUCACUGAGGACAAUGUUAAGAGACGUAGGCACGUGUGAUGGGAAUUUCCAAUAUGUUGGCUGUAUCCACUUUUGAGGUACUUUAUGUUAUCAGUGUCAUUCUGCCGAUAUCCCGAACAUUGAAUAUUAUUUGGUUUAAUGUGGAAGUAAUUCAGCAACAAAAAUAGAUUCUUGGAUUUUUUUGGCAACAUGUAACUUUAUAAGAAAAGAAGUGUAUGGACCUAUGGUAUAUGGGUGACAGUAAUUAGAAUUUUAUCUUUUUUGCUCA